UGAGUAAGUAUGAAUCCAAGUCCAAAUUCUACUCUCUUUCUCAUCAUCUCUUGUUCUACUUUCUUUGUCUUCUGUGUUGUCCCCGUCUCAUUCCUCCAAGAAUAUCCGACAAAUUUUAGCUUCUUCUGAAGAACUUUCAGCAGCUUCUGCACCAUUUAAUCUUUUUAUUGUUCUCCUUUUAAACAUAUAAUCGGAAUGCUCUGUUUCUGUCCAAUUUAAAUUAAACCAUAUCUGUUUAUGAAAGUUUUUGAAACAAGUUGAGAUUGAUGGAGAAGAAGGUAGAUACGAGUUCCCCUACUGGGGUUCUUGAGGAUUUCUUCAGGAGUGAAGAAUUUGAAACGAGUUCUUCCAGAGCACCCUCCAUGGAUUCAGGAACAGAGCAGAACAGAAAACAAGGUUCUCGUUGGCGUGGAUUUGCGCAGUCAUUCAGAACCAAAUCCAAGAAAUCCUUUGCCGCUUUUCAGCCUCUCGGAGUAUUAAAGGCGGCGGCAUCAUUUAGGAGCAAUAGCAUGAGAGAAAACACAGCGGUGGCGCCGGAUUUUUUCGGUAAUAGCAAUCCCUGCAACCUCAAGUCUCCCCAAAAAGUCUUCAGCCUUUCUGAGCUCCAAACCGCCACCAAAAACUUCAGCAGCGAAAAUCUCAUUGGAAAAGGUGGGUAUGCCGAGGUUUUCAAGGGGAGGUUGCAAAACGAGCAGCUUGUGGCAGUCAAGAGGCUGACAAAGGGCUCGACGGAAGAGAUCAUCGGAGACUUCUUGGCGGAGAUGGGGAUUAUGGCUCAUGUGAAACAUCCUAAUACUGCUAAGUUAAUUGGAUAUGGGAUUGAGGGUGGAAUGCACCUUGUUCUUGAGUUGUCCCCAAAUGGAAGUUUAGCCUCUAUUCUUUAUGGUUCCAAAGAGAAAUUGAAAUGGAGUAUUAGGUACAAGAUUGCAUUAGGCACGGCAGAAGGGUUAUUGUACCUUCAUCAAGGUUGUCAAAGGAGAAUUAUUCAUAGAGAUAUCAAGGCUGCAAAUAUUCUUCUUACGGAGGAUUUUGAGCCUCAGAUUUGUGACUUUGGACUUGCAAAAUGGCUACCGGAGCAUUGGACUCAUCAUGUUGUAUCCAAAUUUGAAGGCACAUUUGGUUACCUAGCUCCGGAGUACUUAAUGCAUGGCAUAGUAGAUGAGAAGACAGAUGUUUUUGCUUUUGGUGUAUUGCUGCUGGAACUAGUUACUGGACGCCGCGCUCUAGAUUACUCUCAGCAAAGCUUGGUCUUGUGGGCAAAACCCUUGUUAAAGAACAAUGACAUUAGAGAGCUAAUUGAUCCUGCUCUUGCCGAUGAUUACAAUCCCAGACAAAUGAAUCUUGUCAUCUUGGCUGCUUCUUUGUGCAUUAAUCAGUCUUCAAUUCGCCGACCCCAAAUGAGUCAGGUUGUACAGCUCCUAAGUGGCAACCUUAGCUGCAUAAAGUGCAUGAAGAAAUGUCGAUUGCCAUUCUUCAAGAAGGCACUCCGGGAUGGGAUCUUCAGCGAAGAUGAUCUAGACUCGAGCUAGAAAUGGAUGAAACCCGGCUUAAGGAAUUACCAUUUGAUUGGAACCAGUACACUUCUGGGGUUAAGGGCAUAUGUACUCAUUAAUUCUCUAAUCCUCCCAUUAAAGGGUGUUUGAGAAGAAAAGAAGCAGAAGUUCAUAGGGGAUAAAAAGGGCUUGAUAGUUGACACUUGACACUGUCUCAUGAUAUGUGUACAUAAAAAGGAAUACAAAAGGAAAGAAACCGAAGAGGAAUCCAGAGGGACAAAAGUAUGAGAAUUAAUGCAAAAAUUGUCUUUAUGGUUUGUAAAAAUGUGAAUGAGGGAACAUAAUCCUUAAAAUGUACUGCAUUUCACCUGCAAAAGAGAGAGGAGAAUCUUAGGUAGGGAACAAAUUAAAGUAAAGAAUAUACAACGCUUUGUUCAGUUUUUGUUGGAGAGACAUCUGAAAAGCCAUUGUCUUUGAAGUCAAGGAUUCAUGGAGGCUGUUCAUAAUAUUUGCAUGGAACAUGUUUCCCCCAGAACAAAGCACAUCUGAAAAU